UUUUCUGCUGAAGGAUUAGAAAUAGUUAAAUCAAGAGCCGAAAUUUGUUCUUUAAAGUCAGAGGUAGAAGCAUUGGAGAAUGAGUUAGAAAUCGAACAAGACCAUGCCAAAAAUAUGGAUAAGGAGCGGGAAAAAGACGAAGAAAUUAAAAAUUUGAAAGAAAAUAUCGCAACAAUUAGCCAAAUCGUUGAAAAAGAAUAUCAAUUACGAGCAACUUCCGCAAAGAUUAUCCGAGCAUUAGAAAAGAAAAAUGCUAAUUAUCAGAGAGCCGGAAUGAUUGGAAUAACUGUAGUUGGC